AUGGGAUCGCGCCCGUCGGAACGUGCAGCUGCUUGUAUUCAAGACGCUCGAGAUAACCGCAAUGGCAACACGCAAAGCUCUAUCAUGGCAAAAGUUUACCAAGUCCCAGAGGUGGCGCUGCCGCUCGACGACAACGACGGUCCUCGCGGUUCUCUUGUCUCUUCUGGUUGGAAACGGAUUGUAAUCAUAGGCCUGGGCGCUCUAGCCCUCACUUCGUUCUUCAAAUACCCUCAUGGACAUCCACGAAAGCGUUCACCCAGGCUCAAUGCAACGGAGGCUGAACGUCUCUUCCUAACUGUGCCCAAUGCGGAAAGCGCUUUGGGUGCGUCUCGAAAGUAUGCGACCCACCCUCAUUUAGCGGGCGCUCCUGAAGAUUUCGAAGAUGCGAGGACGAUCCUACGGCUAUUUCAACAGGAAUUUGGAAUCAGAAAACCGAAAGAGGAGCCAAUCUUUCGAGCCGGAUCCCGUCAAUCAAGACAUGCUACCCUUGGGUUGACCCGUGGCUUUCUUCCAAAGCGACCGACGGCAUGGAUAGACACCUACUUUCCUAUCCUUAACACACCUUUGGACCGACACCUUCAGAAGAAGAAGGCGACCCAUUGGACGGAAGAUGCGGCAAAGUACCGGCUUGCUGUUCCUGUUUGGCAUGGGCUCAGCUUCCAUGGCGAAGCCACAGGUAACUUGGUAUAUGCCAACUACGGCACGCAAGAGGACUACAAGGUGCUUCUCGAAAAAGGCGUCAACUUUACAGACAAGAUCGUUCUGACGAGGUAUGGGCGUAUCUUCCGAGGCCUCAAGGUAAAGGCACAAGCCCCUUUACCUCAGCGGCCACUCCUCGCUCACCAUUACAACCAGAUCAAAGGUGCUCAAGAACUGGGUGCUGCUGGAGUUCUUAUUUACUCUGAUCCUCGAGACGACGGCGUUGUCACUGUUGACAACGGUUACAGUCCUUAUCCGCAAGGCCCUGCCAGGAACCCAUCCUCUGUGCAACGCGGAAGUGUUCAGUACCUCUCACUUUAUCCCGGAGACCCCACAACACCCGGAUACCCAGCUUACGAGGACGCUAUACGACAGGAAGGUGUCAACAUUCCUUCCAUUCCAAGUUUACCUAUUUCAUGGGCCAACGCACAAGUUCUAUUGAAGGAGCUCAAAGGGGCUGACGAAACAACCACUUCUGAUGAGCGUCAAUUGAGCGGUCGCAUUAGCAAGCGAAAGGUCAAAGUCAGAAACCAUGUCGACAACAAGGUUACUCCAAUUUGGAACACUAUGUCAUCGAUUCCAGGUCAUAUCAAGGACGAAGUAGUCCUCAUUGGCUGUCACAGAGAUGGUAUUCAACUAGUUGUCCUUUUGCUCUUGCCUCGACUGACCUUCGUUUGGCCAGCAUGGGGAUUGGGAGCGGCCGAUCCUACGAGUGGAACUGUCUCACUCCAUGAAAUGAUUCGGGGCCUCGUCGUUAUUGCCAGCUGGGACGGCGAAGAGUACGGACUGGUUGGGAGCACCGAAUGGGGUGAAGACUUUGAGCAAUGGAUUUCUGAUCACGUCGUAGCGUACCUAAACGUCGAUGUAUCCGUUGAUGGAUCUCGUUUCAACGUGGGGGCCUCGCCUUCUCUGGCACUCCUAAUCAAGAGGACGGCUCAGGAUAUCCUUCACCCAACGGAUUCCAAUAGAACGUUAUGGGAUGCUCGAAACGACGAGGGCCCUUACAAAGGCUUCAAUGCCAGCUCCGUUGACCCCGACUUUGGCCGUAUGUAUGAAGCAGACGAAGCAGAACGAAAGUCUAUCGCCACGGGAGUGACGUCUCUUGGUAGUGGAAGCGAUUACACCGUUUUCUUGCAGCGCAUUGGUGUAAGUCCACUUCGUCUCUUUCUCGAGGAUAUUCUCAACGUCCUCUCCUUCCAGGUUGCGAGUUCUGACCAAGGCUUUGGACCCACUCCUUCGGACCCUGUUUAUCAUUACCACUCGAUCUACGAUAGCCAGAGGUGGCAAGAAGUGUACGGUGACCCUACCUUUGAGCGGCAUGUAGCCAUAGCGAAACACCUCGGUCUUCUCGGUCUCCGCCUUGCGGACUCGAUAAUCAUCCCUUUGAAUACCACUCAAUAUGCGUUGGAGUUGGACGACUACCUGGACAAGGUCGUUUCUUUGACAUCGAAGAAAUCCAACUUGAACCCCGACUUCUCGACCUUGCGCAAAUCAAUCAAGCAUGUGCAACACGCAAGUCUCGCUUUGGAUCAUGAGAAAGUAGAAGCAGAGAAGAAGUUUAAAGAAAUUCUUGCAAAGUUGCCUCACCAGAGGCCUCACGGUGCUCAUCACAGGGUCGUUCAAGUUUGGCGCUUCGUGAAGUACCAGAUGUCUCGUGCCUUUGGGUUUAUCACUGGACCGGAAACGCCACACCGUCGGCAGUGCAGGGGAGGCCAUAGCGCGGAGGGUCUGCUUGAAAUGGCGAGCAGUGUCGAAGAAAGCGAACUCGACAAGUUCCCGUUCCCCGUCCGCAAGUUCAUCAAAGCAGCGAAGAGAGUAGGACGAGCGAACAAGAAGCUAAUUGCUUUCGAACGAGGCUUCAUCUCCAAGGAUGGCAUCAGGGACCGGGAAUGGUACAGGCACCUGGGCGUGGCACCUGGGAAGUGGCUAGGUGGCGGGACUACUAAAGUUGCGCGCGUAGGCUAUGGUGCAACAACGCUUCCUGCAUUGACUGAAGCUAUAGCUGAGAAGCUGAAUGCCACUGAAGUGCAAUACGAGAUCGAUCGUCUUGUUGAGUUGCUCGACAACCUAGCCAAGCGAAUUCACCCAUGA